CCCUUGAUUAGUAUUCAAUUCCUGAGGAGUAAGAUAGUACGCGUUCUUCGUGUUUGUCGAAAAUGUCCGACGCCGCGACAAUAAAUGGCGGGACUCCGCCAGAUGCUGGCCCGAAGAAGACGAAGGAGCCCAGGAACACAAGAAUCACGCAGCAAACGCUGCCCGCAUGUAAGCCCGUCCUGGAGCCAAUUUGGGUGGUCUUUAUCUUCCUCGCAAUGGGCGUGGUGCUUGUACCAAUCGGUGGCGUUUGCCUGUACUACGGCAUGAAGCCGUAUGAGGUCGGGACACGGUACGAUCAAACGUGCCUGCCAAACAUGACAAACUCGCAGCGGGAAUCCUACAUUCUGCAGAACGCCGCCAGCGACAACUCAUUGUCGUGUACUGUGGCGCUACGGAUUGAGGAAGACAUGGCGGCACCGGUGUACGUGUACUACGAGCUGCGUGGCUACUACCAGAACCACCGCAGGUACGUCAAGAGCCGUAGCGACAUGCAGCUGGCUAAUGAGCCCAAGAACCAGGCCACAAGCCUUUGCGACCCGCAAGAGUUCCUCAACGGAAACAGCAGCGAGCUCAUCAACCCUUGCGGCCUGGUGGCGUGGAGCUUUUUCAAUGACACGUACGCGAUGACGGUCCAAAACAACGGUUCGGGCGCCUCAGUGCUCCUCCCCAUCAGCGAUGAGGGCAUCGCCUUCGAGUCGGACAUCAAGUACCGCUUCGCCAACUACACCCCUGAGUACUUCAACCCCACGCUGAACUCCAACCGCGGCGGCUUCAACCUGUCAUCCACGUCGGGCGGUGCCACGCCGAAGGAAAAUCAGCGGUUUAUGAACUGGAUGCGCCUAUCGGCGCUGCCAACGUUCCGCAAGUUGUGGGGUAUCAUCAACCAGGACCUCAAGUCAGGCGACACGGUCACCAUCACGGUGUACAACCGCUACAACACCUACAAGUUCGACGGCCAGAAGUCCAUCGUGCUGGGCACCACCACCUGGCUGGGAGGCUACAACCCCUUCCUGGGCAUUGCAUUCCUGGUGACUGGCGGCCUCAGCUUCGUGAUGGCGGUGGUGUACAUGGCGCUGCGUAUUGCCAAGCCGCGCAAGUUUGGGGACCCGUCUGCACUGUCUUUUAAUAAGCCCGCUGGUUCAGGGUGAUAGUUAACUGGCGCAGGGUGAUACGCUAGUUGACUGGCUGCGUGCGUGUGAGUUAUUAGCUGGGAUGGCCGUCCGAGCAUGGGGCGCGCACAGUGACCAUGUUUACAGCCGCGAGUGGUAUAGGUGGCAGAGAUAGAUACACGAUACACGCUCGACUAUGCGACCGAGCCCAACCCCGCCAAAUCCCACCAAUGCCGCCGGUUCUGAAUUGCAUCCGAUGAGCAGCGGCGCCAUAUACAUAUAAACAGUCUGAUGAGUUCUGCUGGAGGAAGGGGAGUGCCGGAGGAAAGGGAGUUCUGCUGGGAGUUCUGCUGGAGGUAGGGGAGUCUGGACGAAGGGGAGUUCUGCUGUAGGAAGGGGAGUGCCGGAGGAAGGGGAGUGCCGGAGGAAAGGACAUGGAGUCAUGGACGCUUAUCAGCAGCCGAGUGUAUACGUAUUCAAGUGGCGGGUUGUAUGGUGGAUGGAUGGCCAGGGACGACCGCGAUUGUGGGCUCGGACUGGCGCGGAUGGGCGGCCGGCAGACCUCGAUCCAAGCCUGACUCUGAUCCCUGAACCCUGAACCUGACUCUGAUCC